AUGUCGUUCGACCCGGAUGCACAGCCGUACUUCGACAAGCAGAAGGACCGCCGUGUGUGUUUCAUAACGGGGGGAAACUCAGGUUUGGGAUUCUACACAGUAUUGCACCUGUAUCUACAUGGAUACAUAGUGUACAUAGCAGGGAGGAACAGGCAACGGGUGGAGGUGGCAAUGAAGAAGCUCCGGAGCGAGGCGCUCAUCCGGCGAGCGAAUCAGAACGCACACGAGUUGGAAAACAGGCAUCUAGGAGAGUUGAAGUUUGUCGAGUUGGAUCUCUGCAAGCUCAAAUCGGUGGAGCACGGGGUGGUGCAGUUCAAGAGGCAGGAAAAGCGGCUAGACCUGCUGAUUCUGAACGCCGGGAUCAUGGCUGUGCCGUACGGGAAGACGAAGGAUGGCUUUGAGGUGCAGUUGCAGACAAAUUACAUUUCACAUUUCCUCAUAGCCGACCGACUAGUCGAAUUAAUGCAGGAUCCAGACGUGGUGAAGGACCCACGCAUCAUCUAUCUUUCGUCCGUGGGCCAUUGGUUCACGCCGUUCCCAUUUAAGCUCUCGUGGCAGUACAAUUACUGGCCAAAUAUCGUUUUUACGUGGUUUCGGUACGGGAUGGCGAAAACUGCCGGCAUCCAGAUGAUCCGGUCGCUUUGCAAGCGGCACUCGAACAUCCUGUGCGUGGCGGUGCACCCCGGAUUUGUGAUGAACACGAAUCUUUUCAGCCACUUCACCCGGCUCCCGAUAAUCGGAUUAUUCUUCUGGGUCAUGUUUCAGAUCUUCGGGUGGCUUUUUGGUGUUUCCAACGAGGAAGGCUCGUAUUCAACACUUCGAUGCGGGCUUGGUGCUGAUCUCACUGCUGCAAAGGAUAACGGAAAGUACUUUGCGACGUUUGGAGUGCAGGAAAAGCCAAGUUGGACUGCACGCAACAUUGAUUAUGCCUGUGAAAGCUGGGCGUGGACCGUCCAGGAGUUGAGGAAGAGGGGGCACGAGAUUGGGAACUGA